AUGUCAUUUAGUGCCACCAUCCUGUUCACUCCUCCACAGGGACAAAAUGAGGCUAAGUGUGGAUGUAAAAAUGAAAACAACCAAGGAGGAACUGUUCAUGUUGAAGGAGUUACUCCUGUCACAGUAACUGGACAAGGAGUUGCAGUCCAGGGAUGUGAGCAACUUCUACACCUUAUCUAUCAGAGGAUGGAGAAGGCAGUAGGACUGGCUGAAUCUGCAUUAAGUGUAGCUAAGGAAAAUAGCAACCUCUUGAGUAGCCUACAAGAGGAAGUCAGCAAUCUAAGGAAGUUGUGCGAAAAACCUGAAAGAGCCAAAACUCCAACAAUUCCCACUGCUAGAUGCAAAACGCCAGAUGACGAAGACGUUGAAGAAAUUGGGGGUGUGCAAGUUGUUAUAGAGGAAUUAAGGCAGUUGGGUGCCGCAUCUGCAUCUUUAGUUCCUGGACUUCACACAUCACCUAUGGACAGGAAUUCAAGAGAAGGAUGUUUGUCUGCUGGCCCUCCUCUUGGCGAAACUACGCCACUCCUUAGUCCCAUGCAUGUACCGGUAAGUGAAUGCAUUCAUUCCCUAUAAUCAGUGGUCUAUCCAUGAGCUUUGUUCUUACCUCUCCUUAUGUCUAUAUUUUCAAAAUACAAUAUAAUUUUGCUCCAUCGUGUUUCCAUGAAAUACAAUUUAAACAAAGACUCCCAUCCCAAUAACAUCCUUAUGUCAUUUAAAGGGACACUAUAGGGUCAGGAACACAAAUGUGUAUUCCUGACCCUAUAGUGCUAAACCCACCAUUUAGGUGGCUUGCCCCCUUAAAAGUUAAUAAUACUCACCUUAUUUCCAGCGCUGUGUGGGUCUGCCGGCGCUAGCCCCGCCACCCUUGUUGACAUCAUCAGAAUUGCCAAUUUUUAGCCAAUCCAAUGCUUUCCCAUGGGAAUUGAGGUGUCCCUAGGGGCAAUUUAAAAUACCUGCAUAUAAUGAUUAUACUCAACAGAACAAGUGCAUUAAAGGACCGCUCUAGGCACCCAGACCACUUCAUCUUAAUGAGGUGGUCUGGGUGCCAGGUCCAGCUAGGGUUAACCCAUUUUUUUUUUUUAAACAUAGCAGUUUCAGAGAAACUGCUAUGUUUAUGAAUGGGUUAAGCCUUCCCCCAAAGCCUCUAGCGGCUGUCUCAUUGACAGCCGCUAGAGGCGCUUGCGUGAUUCUCACUGUGAAAAUCACAGUGAGAGCACGCAGCGUCCAUAGGAAAGCAUUGAUAAUGCUUUCCGCUGAAUGCGACGCAGGCUCUUGCCGCUGCGCAUUCAGCCAUGGAGGAACGGAGGAGGAUCGAGGAAGCUCCCCGCCCAGAGCUGGAAAAAGGUAAGUUUUACCCCUUUUCCCCUUUCCAGAGCCGGGCGGGAGGGGGAACCUGAGGGUGGGGGCACCAUCAGGGCACUAUAGUGCCAGGAAAACGAGUAUGUUUUCCUGGCACUAUAGUGGUCCUUUAAGCUGUAGUUGUUCUGGUGACUAUAGUGUCCCUUUAAGUUGUCAUUGGCAAAAGGAGUGUCCAGGCACCUUCUUGCCUUCAGGAAUUAAACCACUUGGCAACAAUUAAUGCCCUAAUUUGGGGCUUCAGCAUUCUUGCCAACACAAUGGAAUGCUAAAUAGCUAUAGAAUUUCACCGCUGUAGAAGGGAAUGUCCAGGAUUUUUAAUAUAAUGUUUACUGACCCUAUAAUUAACAAAUAUGUGCUUGUGAUCUUGUCUUAUAAUGAAAUUAAAUGCAGAAAUACUGUAUUUAUCUCUAUCCUGACACAGGAUGCCAUCCAUCUUGGCUCCCUGUCAAUUACUGUAAUUAGCUUAAAUUCAGAGUGGCGACAAAAAAAGAGAGACUAGCAAAAGAACACUUUUCUGGCAAAAAUAAUGAUAUAUCUGCAUCACUACAAAAAUGACAAGUAUUCAAAAAUCACGUUUAGGGCGCAAGGAAUAAAAAAUUCUGACAGAGUUAAUAAAUUGCGCUAAAAAAAUAACUGUAAAAGUGAAUCUUCUCCAUUUUCUAUUUUCCCCUGCUUCCAAUGCCAUGUGUGCAUGGACUAAAUUGGAUUGUAAAAUCAAUUGAUAAAUUCUAGGGUUUUGAUUUUAAAAAAAAACAGCUGUCAAUGGAGUGAUCUCGGAGGGAUUGUCUAGAAAGAGGGAGGGGAUUUUCACAUCAGUUCUCAGCGUGUUGUGGUCGCUGACAACAGACGUAUUUUAUGCACAGUACUGACAGCCAGGAACAUAGUUCUGGGUUGCCAAUGUUAUGUGUACUAGGAGGACAGAUGCCCACAGCACACAAUUAAAAAUAACUCUGCAUGUGCAGUGCUUCAAGCAGAAACACUGCACAUACAGUUGCAAGAAAAAGUAUGUGAACCCUUUGGAAUGAUAUGGAUUUCUGCACAAAUUGGUCAUAAAAUGUGAUCUGAUCAUCAUCUAAGUCAUGCUUAAACUAAUAACACACAAAUAAUGAAAUGUUGCCAUGUUUUUAUUGAACACACCAUGUAAACAUUCACAGUGCAGGUGGAAAAAGUAUGUGAACCCUUGUAUUUAAUAACUGGUUGAACCUCCUUUGGCAGCAAUAACUUCAACCAAAAGUUUCCUGUAGUUGCAGAUCAGACGUGCACAACGGUCAGGAGUAAUUCUUGACCAUUCCUCUUUACAGAACUGUUUCAGUUGUGAAUCGCUUUCUUGAGGUCAUGCCACAGCAUCUCAAUCGGGUUGAGGUCAGGACUCUGACUGGGCCACUUCAGAAGGUGUAUUUUCUUCUGUUUAAGCCAUUCUGUUGUUGAUGCUUUGGAUCAUUGUCCUGUUGCAACACCCAUCUUCUGUUGAGCUUCAGCUGGUAGACAGAUGGCCUUAAGUUCUCCUGCAAAAUGUCUUGAUAAACUUGGGAAUUAAUUUUUCCUUCGAUGAUAGCAAUCCGUCCAGGCCCUGACGCAACAAAGCAGCCCCAAACCAUGAUGCCUCCACCACCAUACUUGACAGUUGGGAUGAGGUUUUGAUGUUGGUGUGCUGUGCCUUUUUUUCUCCACACAUAGUGUUGUGUGUUUCUUCCAAACAACUCAACUUUGGUUUCAUCUGUCCACAGAAUAUUUUGCCAGUACUGCUGUGGAACAUCCAGGUGCUCCUGUGCAAACUGUAAAUAUGCAGCAAUGUUUUGUUUGGACAGCAGUGGCUUCCUCUGUGGUAUCAUCCCAUGAAAUCCAUUCUUGUUUAGUGUUUUACGUAUUGUAGAUUCGCUAACAGGGAUGUUAGCAUUUGCCAGUGACUUUUGUAAGUCUUUAGCUGACACUCAAGGAUUCUUCUUCACCUCAUUGAGCAGUCUGCACUGUGCUCUUGCAGUCAUCUUUACAGGACGGCCACUCCUAGGGAGAGUAGCAGCAGUGCUGAACUUUCUCCAUUUAUAUACAAUUUGUCUUACUGUGGACUUAUGAACAGCAAGGCUUUUGGAGAUACUCCAAUCUCAUCUCAUUGAUUGGACUCCAGUUGGCUGACAUCUCACUCCAAAUAGCUCUUGGAGAUGUCAUUAGUCUAGGGGUUCAAAUACUUUUUCCACCUGCACUGUGAAUGUUUACAUGGUGUGUUCAAUAAAUACAUGGCAACAUUUCAUUAUUUAUGUGUUAUUAGUUUAAGCAGACUGUGAUUGUCUAUUGUUGUGACUUAGAUGAUGAUCAGAUCACAUUUUAUGACCAAGUUGUGCAGAAAUCCAUAUCAUUCCAAAGGGUUCACAUACUUUUUCUUGCAUCUGUACAUACUUCUACCACCGUGGUAGGAAGUGGUCAUGUUGGUUGUGGUAACUCCUAACCAUCAGAUGCACGUAAACGCAAAUGUUUAUUUUUUUUCACCAGCAACUUGUAUAUUAAUCCCUUCUUAAUCAUGUUUAAUAAAAUCAUUGAUACUUGUUUUUUUCUGUAGAAAACUGUUCACUUAUAAUAAGUGGUCACAUUAAUAAAUGCUUUAGACAGGUAAUCAUAAGCAGCAUAUUCAGAUUAUCCCAUUUAUUUUGCUCUUACAGGGUAUUGACGACUUCUUGAGUCAAGAUGCUUCUGCUCCAAGGAUUUUAGCUCCCAAUUUUGUAAAGCAGCUUGCUACCUCCCGGCCUCAUGGAGAUUCAACAGAUGUUUUGUGUGAUUCUGUUCCCCCAGUUUUAAAGUCCACACAUUCACAUCUUUUGAUUCAAAAAGAUGGAUCCCUUAGUCCUGGUGGGUUAAUGAUGGCGGAAGCCACAUCUGGUACAACUGAUAUACGGCAACCAGCCUCACCAUCAAUGUUCUCUCAGUUCUACACUGGAUCAAGUAGCCGCCAGAGAAACAAUGGUCAAAAAAACUCCCGUCGGAAACGAGACCUGGUUUUGUCUGUAAGUUUGUGUUCUUUUCGAUUAGCUGUUCUUUGUGUGGUUACAGAAAUGUGUUAUUAUACCUAAAACUUUUUUUCAAGGGCUUAGUCAGGGAAAUUGCGAUGAACACUUAAAAUGUGUAUUUUUAAUUGUCAUCCAAGUUGCUGUAAAUAGUAUACAUUGUAAAACAAAACCCUUUUUUUUUUUUUUUUUUACAUUUUUAUUUAAUUUUCUUGAUUGCAAAUAUGUGAUUUGUUGUAUUCAUUAAUAAACAAUGCACAUUUUCUUUAUAUAUUAAUAAUUACACCUCUUGCCUUUUUUUCAGAAACUGGUGCAUAACAUUCAUAACCACAUCUCCAACAACAAGCGCUUCAAUGGCUCAGAGAGGUGAGGAUUGUUCAUUUAUUGUGGUGUUAUGGUUUCUAUUCCUUAAACUAAAAGUAUGGAUUUUAAUCAUCAGAUCCCAUUACAGCAUCAAGUCAUCCUGGAAUAUUUCUGUUUUAAAAUUCUUGGUGGAGAAGCUGAGACAAGAGCUUGUAUCCAGUAUACACCACUACACAGAUAAAGAAUUAAAAGGUGAGGUUUAUUCAGUGCCCUAGAGUCCAUGGGUUUGUAUAUAUAAUGUGUGUUUCUUUACAUAAUUAUGAGUCAUAAAUACACUUCACAAGGCAAAUGAAACAACAUUCCUAUACAGAAAAGUUCCCAAUAUUAGGUUUUCCACAGGGCAUCUAAAGUACCAUGCACAAUAUGCAAAGUACAGGCCGCACUGACUGCUAGAAGCAUACCAUUUCAGCCUGAAGCCUUGGUUUGUUUUGAAUUGAAUGAUGCCUAGCUUCAGAUCACUGGUUUCCCAUUCUGGGGAAUUUCUGCAUAGUAUAUUAUUUACAUACAAUAAAGUUAAACAUCUGAUUGUAUGUAAUAUAAGUUGCUCCAGUUGUAAUGACUGUAGUGUUGAUCUCAUUUCAACAAAGAAAACAGCCCAGUAACAAGUGGAAAUAUAUGCAGAAAACAUUAUUUUUAAUCAUGUCAGGAUGCACUCAGGAAUUUCAUUCAGAAUGUGUUAAUGUAGAGCAGGGGAGCCAAAAGGUAGAUCCCCAGAUGUUUUAAUACUACAACUUCCAUGAUACUUUGUCGUUCUAAAAGAAUGCAUAGCAUCAUGGCAGUUGUAGUUCUACAACAUCUGGGGAUCUACCUUUUGGGUACCCCUGAUGUAGAGUAAAAUAAAUAAAGAAGUAAGAGUUGUUUUAAUGGUGUGGGUUAUUAAAAAUCUACACAAACUGAAACUGGGCUGUAACAUGUUCUCCCUUUUGAGAUCUGGAUUUGUGUCAUAAUUCUCAGAGCUGUGCAUCACAACUCUUAACUGUUACAGACACAAUAACUCAUAGGAGCUAUCAAUGCAUUUUGAUCAUAGAUCAUCUGAUACCUUAGGAGACAAGAUACUUUCAGCUUGAAUAGUACAAUAUCUUUUUUCAGUUUCAGACUAGAAGCAGUGCUCAGAUUUGUUGUCCAUCAACAUACAGUGACAUUAAAAAAUAAAGUUUAUUAAAUGCAUCUGGGAAUUUGAUUUGGGAAAAUUAGUUUCUUUAGUCAAAGGGAAUGCAAAAAAACCCCCCAAAACACUGUAAUGUUUCUGUGUAGGUGCAUGUGUUGCUUACUUUCUGACUAAGAGGAGAGAAUAUCGGAAUUCCAUGAAUCCCUUCAAAAGCCUGAAAGAGAAGGAAGAAAAAAAACUGAGAAGCAGGAGAUACAGGGUAAGAGGAACAUAAUGGUCAAUUAUAUAUUGUAACAAUAGUUUAAUAGCUUUUACACAGCAAUUUUGCACCUUAUUUAAAUAAGUGUAUAUUGCAUCUUUUUUCCCUCACUAGAUCUGAAUUUUUGUAUCUCUCUCUGACAAUAUACCAUUUGUGUUUUAAACAGCUGUUUGCAAACCGUUCCUGGGGAGUACAGCAGUUUCCAUUGGAAGAUCAAGCUCUUUGGGAAGGAGUGACUGAAGAGUUGAUGUCUGAUGAAGAGGACAGUCUCUCAGAGCCUGGUGUCUGGGUUGCACGACCACCCCGAUUUCGAGCAGAAGAGCUCUCUAGACUAUGUUACAGAAUAGACUCCCACUCUAAACAUGGCAACAAAGCCAACCGUAUUUAUGGUGCCCUCUGUGACCGGCUCCCGUCUGCAGAGGCACAGCUACUUCCUCCUCAUCUCUAUAACCCAGACUGGGAAAGGGAAGAAGAGGAUGAGAUGGGAGAACUGGACGGUGUAGAAAGGGGAAGGAAAUCAUUCUGCCCUGAUCUCAAUGCUUAUAUACAGAUCAAAGUGGAGAAAGAUGAAUGA